UGACGCGGAUACGAAAGCCUGUUGAUCCAUUUUAGGUUUUUUUUGCAACGAAAAUUUCUUGGACAACGGAAAAGUCGCUCGUUUCUUAAAGCUGGGUUUUAGGGUGCUAGUUGAUCAUGUAUGACGUCAAACGACAAAAACAAGAAGGAUUAACUGUUUUUUAGUUUUCUUUUUGCUCUUUUGUUGACAUUCGUUAAUUUAGUGUAAGUUUUAAACCGAACAGCAGUUUGGAGCCGAUAAGGAACCGACACCAUGGACUGGGGAACCGACCUGUGGGACCAAAAUGACGUGAUUGAGAAACACACACAGUCAGGACUGGACCUGGUGGAUAAAUACAUUAAGUUUGUUAAAGAGCGCACAGAGAUCGAGCAAGGCUACGCCAAGCAGCUACGGAACCUAACAAAGAAGUACAGCCCCAAACGAGGCAGCAAGGAGGAGCAGGAAUGCAGAUUUUCAAACCACCAAGCUUUCCUGGACAUUCUGAACGAGAUGAAUGACUACGCAGGACAGAGGGAGCUAAUCGCCGAGAACAUGAUGAUGAACAUCUGCAUCGAGCUCACCAAGUACCUGCAGGAGCUCAAACUGGAGCGCAAGUCGCAUCUGUCUGAUGCCAAAAAAGCUCAGCAGGCGUUAGAGAUCACCUACAAGCAGCUCGACAGUAGUAAAAAACGCUUCGAAAGGGAGUGGAAGGAGGCGGAAAAGGCGGCACAGUAUGCAGAAAAAACAGAUCAGGACAUCAACGCUACAAAAGCAGAUGUGGAAAAGGCUAAAUUGCAGGCUCAUAUGCGUACACAAAUCGCAGAAGAGUGUAAGAAUGACUACGCUGCCCAGCUGCAGAAAUACAACAAGGAGCAGAACCAGUUCUACUUCACUGACAUGCCACAGAGCUUCAAUAAGCUGCAGGACAUGGAUGAGAGGCGUGUGCGGAAGCUAUCUCAAUCCUACAUCCUGUUUGCUGAUACGGAAAGGCAAGUCAUGCCCAUCAUCGGGAAGUGCCUGGAGGGCAUCACCAGAGCUGGCACCAGUGUUAAUGAGAAAAAUGACUCCUUGGUUCUCAUAGAGCAGCACAAAUCAGGUUUUGAGCGUCCCGGCGAUCUGGAGUUUGAGGACUACAGCCAGGGUAUCAACCGGGCCUCAUCUGACAGCAGCCUGGGCACACCCAAAGGCCCGCUGGAUCUGCUGGGCAAAAACAAGAGCAAACCUUUCUGGCUGUUCAGCAAGAAGAGCAAGCCUUCCUCCUCCCCGCUCACAACGCCCUUCUCCACACCCCCUGUCCCCACACCUGCUAACGGACCCCCUUCCCCCAAGUUUGCCCGGGAUCCCCUGUCCUACUGUUUGAAGGAGAUCAAUAAGACAGUCAAGCCACGAAUCUCGUCCUUCCGGACCCUACGCAAAACGAAGUUUACCCUGGAGAGGAUCAUGCCGGCGGCCACAGAGGAUUUCGGUCAUCUUCCUCCAGAGCAGAGGAGGAAACGACUGCAACAGAAGAUCGAUGACAUCAACAAGGAGCUGCAGAAGGAACUAGACCAAAGUGAGGCUCUGGGGAAGAUGAAAGACGUUUAUGAGAAAAAUCCCCAGAUGGGUGAUCCUGCUAGUCUGGCACCGCAAAUCACCCAGACAACCCACAACAUCGAAAAGCUCAGAGGGGAACUUAACAAAUAUGAGUCAUGGCUCGCAGGAGCUGGGGGACGAGGAGACGUGACUCUUCGUUACUCCACUCACUCCCUUAACAACAACGGUGGCCACAAUGCAUACAGUCCCGAUGGAGCUCAAUCGGACGAGAGUACCCCCGACCCCUCUCAGGCCAUCUACGCUGAGUUUGAUGAUGAUUUCGAGGAAGAGGAGCUCUCUGCUCCUAUCGGCCAAUGCACAGCUCUGUACAACUUCCCAGGCUCCAGCGAGGGCACGAUCUCCAUGCAGGAAGGCGAGGUGUUGGCCGUAGUGGAGGAGGACAAAGGCGACGGUUGGACACGAGUGAGGCGGAACAACGGCGACGAAGGCUACAUCCCUACCUCCUACGCCAACAUCACACUCAACAAGUGACCCAGACGGUUCUGUCCCUGACACGAGGAGCAACUCCCUAUCAUCACAGCAUAUCGUUUUGGCUCAGAACAUUGCAGAGAAAGAGAAAAGGCGAGAGCUAGAAACAUGCCAUGCAUCUGACACAUUCGCGUCAGGUCAGCCAAAAAGAGCAUGAGAAUGUUGUUAACCUUUGUGUUCACCCCCACUCCCUGUUCUCCUCCUCCUCCGCCGCCUUCUACUCGUCUAGACGCCUGAGCUGCAAUGAGCGCAUAUAUGCUUAAGAUGCUGUUCGGGUCUCGCUCGGCCUGUGAGACAUCAGCUGUCUGCCAUCAUCAAACAAAGACAAACCACAGAGGAGGAUGUUUGAGUGUUUUAGCUGAACGGGACGUACACGAACGACACACAUUUUGCCAAGUGUGUAUGUGGACAGAAUGGCAAGAGAAUGAAAAUGCAGUCUGGUGCUACCAGGAGGAGGACAAUGAUUAACCAUAACACUUGCUUCUGGCUGUUUUUGAUCGAAAGCCUGAUGUUCCUUGACCUUCAUGUUUAACCGUUCCUUUUAACAGACAGCAACACAGACCAACAAGCACCAAACAAAUCCUUUUGCGAACGCUUGCCUGUACGUGCAUUUAUAACGGAACGAACGUGUGUGUGGAUGUUGGAGAGAGUGAGCUAUAUGAACCAGUUAGUAUGGUUUAACCUCGGUUUUUAGAAAUAUCUAAAAUUAUUAUAUAUAUAUAUAUUUUUCCCUCAAAUUAAAACGCUACACAGUCCGCAGUACAAACGUGUUACGACAAUCACCAUAGACAGGUAUAGGUAGAGUUUAACGACUGCUUCUUUUCAAACCAUUGCUGCAUAUUUCACAAAUAUGAUAAUGUUUGAAAAAUCAUAAUUUAUUGUAUGUGUGGUCACAAUUGCACGAGCUGUAACUGUAUACACACACAAACACACAUACACACGGUGCAAAAUCACACAGUUUAUCAACAGAUAAGGUGCAAAUAAAAAAAAACCCAGAAAGAAAAGACAAAAA